AUGAUAGAGGAAUUUAUGAGGCUUUCUCUUGUGGGUAAAUUGGGAGUAGAUCAUCAAGACGAAGCACUCUCCUUAAUUCAAUCUCCAAGAAUUGAGCCAAAUCCUGGGGCAAUAGAAAUUCUUGCAAGAAUUGAAAACGUACAAAACUCCAAAGCUCAUAUUUGGAUGCUGGGAUUAAUUGCUGCAUUGUUAAUAUUUUUGACUUUUGAAUGGAUCAGCUAUAAAAUCAACAUGGACAAGACAAUGCAAGAGGAACGCUACUCAGUGUUGGAAAAAGAAUUAAGCUCUGCGAACGCUAAAAUAAGCGAUCUGUCCACAAAUCAAGUAGAUCAAAUAGUUCAAAUUCAAGAGUUGACAACCGAGAAAAAUAAUCUUGAAAAUGAUAAACUCACACUUCAAACGAAUUUGACGCAAUGUAAAUGUCAGAUGAGCAAGUUGUUGGACAAAAAUAAUGCUCUCAUCAUUAAGGAGCAAAUGAUGAUCAAAGAGCAUUCUACGAAGCUAAAUGAAGCAGUUGAUAAACUGAAGAAAAGCCAUCGAAAUCAACUGGAAGAAAAGAACGAAACGAUAAAGAGGCUAGAAACUAACUUAAACAAACUGAGACAAUAUCAAGAUGAAUGUGACAGGUUAAGACUCCAACUGAAGCAAGUAGAAAAGGAGCGAGAUUUUACUGCAUCUCAAUUAAAAGAGUUAACUAUUAUCAAAUCAAAAAUAGAUCAAGAAAAGCGUGAGUUACGAGAGAAAAUUAAAGAAGAAGAAAAAUUAUUGUCCAUCAACAGUAAGAUUCAACAAAAGAUUGAAGAUUUGAAUAACCUACUAGAGAUCAAAAGUAUUGAACAUGAAACUUGUUUAAAAAACCUUGAAAUGCAAUCUCAAAAGAUCACUAUACUGACUGUGGAAAUGGAGAAAAACAAAUUAGCCUUUGAGCAUCAAAUUAAUGAACUCAGUGCCACCAAAGAAACCAUCCUUGAAGAAUUGAAUCUUAGCUGCGAAAUUUCAGAGCUACAGCAAGCAUUGGACCUUUCUCAAACCCAAAUCGAGGAAAGGAAUGAUAAAAUUGCAGAACUUGAAAAAGAAGUUGAAAAAAAAGAAAGCGAGCUGGAUAGAGUUUAUGACUUGUAUAGUAAGGUAGAGCAAGAUUAUAUUGACCUCAAACACUUGCAUUCUCUCUGUAAACAGGAACAACACAAGAAUGAUCCCAACGAAAUUAAUGUAACAACAACGGAGAGUCAUUGCCAAAGCACGGCCGAGCUCAGUGAAGCUCUCACAAUGAGUCAGACUUUGAUGGAUGUGACCCCUUCAGGUUCUCUGCAUGAAAAGGAGCACUCCCCAUCAGCGUCCAACCAACAUCAGAAUAACGAAUCGCAAAGGAACUCGAAAAAGAAGAAGAAAAAGAAUCUUGCAUCCAAAACAACAAGCGUCACUUCAUCUCCACAGCAAGAUUCUCCUCCAAAACAAGAGAAAGUGGAAACCACAAAAAAUCACAGCAAUAACACGCCAACCAAUGAGUCGACACAAUCAGAACUAGUGUCGUCUGUUCAUCUCCAACCAAUUGACCCGUCCAGUAGUACCUCUUCAGAAGAGCAGCUCUUGAGAGCAAGCAACAAAAUGAAGAAAAGGAAAGUACAGCAUCACUCUGUCAAAAAACAACUCUUUGUCAAGACCACCAAACAGUAA